CAAAUUUUGGUCACUUUCAGUUGUUAAGUAUUUUUCAUAAUAAUGUUAGUCAAAUUCAUUCUCGCUACUAUCCUGGUAAUCCAGGCAUGUUGGGCCACACCCUUAAGCCCACGUAUCACGGGUGGAAAUAAUGCCGAACCAGGCCAAUUCCCAUAUCAAGUAUCCGUUCGCUGGGCUUUUCCACCUUUUCUCUCUGCCAGACACGUUUGUGGUGGAUCUGUCUUAAACAACAACUAUGUGUUAACCGCUGGACACUGUGUCUUUAAGUUUGGAUCCUACAGUGUUGCAGUUGGUAAACACUAUCUUCUUCGAUCCGAAGAAACUGAACAAGUCGUCAAUGUCGCAAAGGCGAUCGUUCACGAAGGCUACAAAGGAGGCAUAUCUCAACAUGACAUUGCUCUAUUGAAAUUGCAAACGCCAUUGAAUUUUAAUAAGAGAGUCGUAGCGGUCAGUCUUCCUGCUCAAGAUAAACAAGUAACUGGAAAUGCAGUUCUUACGGGAUGGGGCUCGGUAUCGACGAAACUUAGGCCAAUACUUCCGUCUGUUCUUCAAACAGCUGUAGUCCCUCUAUUAAGUAACAAUGAAUGCUUGGUUAAACUCCAAUCCGUCAAAAGUAUCACUGGAAAGAAACCACAACUUUUCUCAACUCAAAUUUGCUCUAGUGCUGGAAAUAAUAAUAAUCUUUCUGCUUGUUCCGGUGACUCUGGUGGUCCAUUGGUUCAGUUUGUGGAUAAAAAACCUGUCCAAGUUGGUGUUGUCUCGUGGGGAACUUAUCCAUGUGGACAUGGCUUGCCAUCAGUUUAUACUCGCGUCGCUUCUUACGUUAAGUGGAUCAAGGAACAUACGGCUUAAUUGAUAAGAUUUUGUUACGAGAAUGUAAAUUAAUUUUUGAUAAUGACAAUUGAUCGAAUUUAUAAAAAAGAAAAAAAUCAUUUUAAUAAACUAUAA